CAUAUUAUAUGGAACCUUGUCUGCUUGAGUGGUCAUUCUUAGUGGGUUUAUUUCUCUGAUAUAUUAUGUAUUGUAUGCAUUGCACCUGUUCAUACAGACUACAUUGCAUUGUGGUGUUUGUGUAGCUGGAUGCUUCAAAGAAGAAAUCAGCCUGCUUUCUUCUAGGGUACUAGCCUAUUAGCAAGUUAAUUGAACUUAAUUCUGCUCUUGUCUUCAGUUUUGUGUAUGGUCUUCGUUUAUUUACAGAACGGUGAUUUCUUCUUUGCAGUUAUCAGUUUUGUCUGAGAUCAGCUUUCCUAUUGUAUGGAGUCUGUUUCUUACAGUCUCCUUUAAGACUGCUCUGACUUUAAAAUCAUUACUAGGCUUUUGUCAGAGCAGAUUUGUUGACAUUUUUCCCACAUUAAAAAAUAAAUUUGAAAGAUAGCACAAAUAAGCUAUGCAAUUCCCUGUUUCCUGCUAAUAUGCAAAAAUGUAUUUAUGAUAAUUACACACGUACUGUGUGCCAGAGCUGAAACAAUACAUUCCUCAUAAUGGAGUAUAAAUAAAGAAGGUGGAGCCAGCUGCUCUUAAACUGUUUAUUUGCAAGCAGUAAUGCUAUAGAGAAUAUACCUUUUUCACUCUGUUAGUCUGGCAAUACUGAACCUGUUGCUGCAUUAGACGAGUUGCAUUUUGCUGGAUAGGGGAAGGAGGGCUGUCUGCUGUCUGGUAGGAGGGCUUUGUCUCUGCCUCUCUCUGUGUUUCUUUCUGUUUUUCUUUCUCUCUCUCCUUCUCUUUCUCUCUCACUGGCUUGCUUGCUCUGUCUCUGUCUUUUUCUCUCUCUCUCUCCCUCUCUCUGCCCCCUUCCCCUCCCUCUCUUGCUCUCUCUCUCUCUCUCCCUCUUCCCGUCUCUGUGGUUUGUAAGGUAGGUUGCAGUGUGUGUAUAUACACAACAUCAAGAGCAGGAAAAUGGACUCAUUAGGGAGGCAGGCAGUCAUUACCACUCACACUGUACUUCCAGGGAGACACCGAUUAUGAGAAGAGAAACUCAGCGCUGGGGAAGAAGAUAAAUGAAUGGAGUGUUUGAAGUGCCCUUUGAGACUCUGAAGGCUGAAGAGUACCUGAUAUAUUUCAAGUCUGUAUGUGCCUCAUAGCUGCACAGACUGCCUGAAGUUACAUUUUGAGAGUGAAAUCACUGCACCUCAAAAACAAAGGAUUGAACCGCACUGUGUUCCUACUGUUUUGCCAUCAACAAUUGAAUAUUUCACACAACAUAAUUAUCUGUUUCAGUUCUGUCAUUGAGCUCUCUGGCCACGGUUCCUUGACUACCAGUCUGUUGCCUGCUCCUACUCUUCAUUUUUAAAUACACACCAAAGUGCAGUCUUCUGAAUGGCCACAGGUAAGACUGUCGAUUUGUGUGAUCCUUCUCUGAGGCACCUUCAGUGAGUCUACUCAGUUUUCCAGAAGGGAAAGGGGCAAGAACUGAGUUCAGACCUGGAUGCCCUUCUAACUAUCAUAGAGAAAAGUGAACUACCCACUAAGACUUGCACCCUGUACUUAGGAUGCAGCCGCUCUCUGUCCCCUGCCCCAAUGAACAUCUGCACUAGGCCCAAGCCUUGGAGUGACUUACCUGAAGAGUGACACUGUUUAUCUGAAAACUACUAAAGUAUAAUUGAGAGGAAAAGUGUGAAAGAGAUGCAAAGGGGAAACAAUAGGAAGAAACCCAAGACAGCUGAAAACCAGAAGGCAUCUGAGGAGAAUGAGAUUACUCAGCCGGGUGGAUCCAGCGCCAAGCCGGGCCUUCCCUGCCUGAACUUUGAAGCUGUUUUGUCUCCAGACCCAGCCCUCAUCCACUCAGCACAUUCACUGACAAACUCUCACGCUCACACCGGGUCGUCUGAUUGUGACAUCAGUUGCAAGGGGAUGACCGAGCGCAUUCACAGCAUCAACCUUCACAACUUCAGCAAUUCCGUGCUCGAGACCCUCAACGAGCAGCGCAACCGUGGCCACUUCUGUGACGUGACGGUUCGCAUCCACGGGAGCAUGCUGCGCGCACACCGCUGCGUGCUGGCAGCCGGCAGCCCUUUCUUCCAAGACAAGCUGCUGCUGGGCUACAGCGACAUCGAAAUCCCAUCGGUGGUGUCAGUACAGUCGGUGCAAAAGCUCAUUGACUUCAUGUACAGCGGUGUGCUGCGAGUCUCACAGUCGGAAGCUCUGCAGAUCCUCACAGCCGCCAGCAUCCUGCAGAUCAAAACAGUCAUAGAUGAGUGCACACGCAUCGUGUCACAAAACGUGGGCGAUGUGUUUCCAGGCAUCCAGGAUUCUGGCCAGGACACACCAAGAGGCACGCCAGAGUCAGGCACAUCUGGCCAGAGCAGUGACACGGAAUCAGGCUACCUGCAGAGCCAUCCACAACACAGUGUGGACCGCAUCUACUCGGCACUCUACGCUUGUUCCAUGCAGAAUGGCAGCGGCGAGCGCUCCUUCUACAGCGGUGCCGUGGUCAGCCACCACGAAACUGCACUCGGCCUGCCCCGUGACCACCACAUGGAAGACCCCAGCUGGAUCACACGCAUCCAUGAGCGCUCCCAGCAGAUGGAGCGCUACCUGUCCACCACCCCUGAGACCACGCACUGCCGCAAGCAGCCCCGGCCUGUGCGUAUCCAGACCCUAGUGGGCAACAUCCACAUUAAGCAGGAAAUGGAAGAUGACUAUGACUACUAUGGGCAGCAAAGGGUGCAGAUCCUAGAACGCAAUGAGUCCGAGGAGUGCACAGAAGACACUGACCAGGCCGAGGGCACAGAGAGCGAGCCCAAAGGUGAAAGCUUUGAUUCCGGGGUCAGCUCCUCUAUUGGCACCGAACCUGACUCAGUGGAACAUCAGUUUGGGGCAGGAGCCACAAAAGAGGGUCAGGCGGAACCCGCCCAACCUGAGCAGGCAGCAGAAGCCCCAGCUGAGGGCAGUGCCCAGCCAAACCAGCUAGAAACAGGUGCCUCCUCUCCAGAGAGAAGCAACGAGGCGGAGAUGGACAACACAGUCAUCACUGUCGGUAACAGCUCUGAUAAGGGCGUCCUACAACAGCCUUCAGUCAACACAUCCAUUGGACAGCCGUUGCCAAGUACCCAGCUCUAUUUACGCCAGACAGAAACGCUCACCAGCAACCUGAGGAUGCCUCUGACCUUGACCAGCAACACACAGGUCAUUGGCACAGCUGGCAACACCUACCUGCCAGCCCUCUUCACUACCCAGCCUGCGGGCAGUGGCCCCAAGCCUUUUCUCUUCAGCCUGCCACAGCCCCUGACAGGCCAGCAGACCCAGUUUGUGACAGUGUCCCAGCCCGGCCUGUCCACCUUUACUGCACAGCUGCCAGCGCCACAGCCCCUGGCGUCAUCUGCAGGCCACAGCACAGCCAGUGGGCAAGGCGAAAAAAAGCCUUAUGAGUGUACUCUCUGCAACAAGACUUUCACAGCCAAACAGAACUAUGUCAAGCACAUGUUCGUCCAUACAGGUGAGAAGCCGCACCAGUGCAGCAUCUGUUGGCGCUCCUUCUCCUUGAAGGAUUACCUUAUCAAGCACAUGGUGACACACACAGGAGUGAGAGCCUACCAGUGCAGCAUCUGCAACAAGCGCUUCACCCAGAAGAGCUCCCUCAAUGUGCACAUGCGCCUGCACCGUGGGGAGAAAUCCUAUGAGUGCUACAUCUGCAAAAAGAAGUUCUCCCACAAGACCCUGCUGGAGCGACAUGUGGCCCUGCACAGUGCCAGCAACGGGACCCCUCCAGCAGGCACACCCCCAGGUGCCCGCGCGGGCCCACCAGGCGUGGUGGCCUGCACUGAGGGGACCACUUACGUCUGCUCCGUCUGCCCAGCAAAGUUUGACCAAAUCGAGCAGUUCAACGACCACAUGAGGAUGCAUGUGUCUGACGGAUAAGUAGUACCUUUCUCUCUUUCUUAUGAACCAAACAAAACAACAACAAAAGAAUAAACAAACAAACAAACAAAAAGCUAUGGCACUAGAAUUUAAGAAAUGUUUUGGUUUCAUUUUUACUUUCUGUUUUUGUUUUUGUUCCGUUUCAUUUUGUACUACAUGAAGAACUGUAUUUUGCCUGCUGGUACAUUACAUUUCCGGAGGCUCGGGUGAAUGAUAGUUUUCCCAGUCUCCCUUGGAUGGUGGCCUUAAGGCCUGGUAGUGCUUCAAGAGGUCCACUGGUUGGAUCUCUAGCUACUGGCCUCUAAAUACAACCCUUCUUUACAAAAAACAAAACAAAACAAAAAAACAAAACAAAAACAAAAAAAGCAAAAAACCACACACACAAAAAAACAAAAACAAAACAAAAAAAAUCUUUUAAAAAAGUUAAAAAGUUUAAAAAAAAAAGAAAAAGUUGUUUUCCACUCGUGAAGAGCACUACAACAUCUAUAAGGAGAUGUAAAAGGCUGUCUCUAAGUACACCGCUCACAGUGUUUCAGUGGACGUUCCACAAUUCUGGCCACUUGGACUUCACAGUAACCAGUUAAAACUGUGGAAUAUCACUUCUGGUUGAAAACCGAGAGGAAAGGCCCUGCUGUUUCCACCUGCCACGUUAUUAAAGGGCUGUGGGACGGGAGGGGCAGGGAGCCCAGUGGUGUGGGGAGAAAGUGGCAGCAGGCUUCUCCCCCAAUUCUGCCCGGUCCACACACCCUGGCCCAACUCGUUCACAUCCCCCACCCUUUCAGCAGAAGCCAGAAGACUUGGACAAGCAACAAGCAACAGUGGCUAUCGUAUUUAUUCAGUGUCUUCGCUGAGCCUCAGCCUCAGCGCAAUCAGGAGGGACUUUCAUGAAAGGCAGGAAUGCAGAGAAAACGAUAACAGAUUUCACACUUAUGCUUCUAGGUACAAGAGAAGGAUUAUUUCCAACAACCUUUGCAAAAAAAAGUGUCAGGAUAUAUUCUUGUGGAAGAGAAAAAGAAAGAGAAAUGGAGGGGGGGCGAUAAAAGUUCUUGAGGCUUUUUUAAUUCAAAAUUUUAUAGAGGGGUAAAAGUGAUGUUUACCAGAUAGAAUGCUGAUUUUUUAAAUAUAUUUACAACAGUAUUUGUGUAAAAAAAAAACCAAAAAGUAAGAUUGUCAAAAGUAAUUUUUUCUCCUUUUGGUUUUGCAUACACUGCCACCAAUCCCUUCUCAUUUACUUUGACUCACGCACACACGCGCACACACACACACACACACACACACACGCACACACAUAUAUAUAUAUAUAUAUAUUUUGGUAAGUCAAGACUGUUAAGGUUAGCGAUACUGCUUCCAGAUAGAAAGAAUAAAAGGCAACUAAAGUUAUAUUUGAAAGAGAGGAAGGAUAUUUUCUUCAUAUUUUUUUCUUAGUUUUUUAUUAUUUUAAGUAUUGCCUGGGUUGCUGAGGGCCGCAGAGGCCCACCCACCCUGCUGUAAUUUCAGCUGCUGCUCUGUUUUGCUGUGUAGAUCUUUGACUUCUAGCAAGCUUAAGUUGCUCCCCUGAAUAUUUUUCCAUCAAUCCAUCUAGAAUUCUGUCCUUUUUCAUGGGAGGGACAUGACCCUUUAGCAGAUUUCUUCCCCAAAAUUUCACUGAGCUCUUAGGAUUCUAGAAUUUCCAUUGACCUUGCUUUUUCUCUUUGACGAAACACUAGUAGUCUAGAGAUCUUGACAAAGGGUUUUGUUUCUUUUAUGGUCAGCCAGGCGGAAGACUCCACAAAACUCUAUCCUCCACUGUGUGAACGUCACUCUGAGAAGCCUGUUACAAACCACAAUGCAUUGAUGCCAAAACUUCUUUCUUCCUCUAAACAUCACCUUUGGAUUCUUCCCACCAUGGCUAAGAGGGCCAAUAGGAUGGUCCCUCUUGAGUUGAUUAGUAACCCAACUUCCCUAUGCUGGCAGCCAGCUUUCAAAAGGCUCUGGGUCGUGGGCACUAUCCCAGAUGCCACUCUUUCUAGUUGAGAUCUCUCUCCUUGGUCUUGAUCAAGAAAUCCUAAGAUUUUCCAAUUAUAUAUAGUGUCCUGAACGGAUUCCAGCUCAAAAGUAGGACUUUUUAAACCUAGCUAAUACUGGGAAAGUAAUUUCAUGACUGGGCAUAUUUUAGCAUACUUAAAAAGAGAAGUAAAUAUUCCAAUAAUGAAGGAACACCAAACUACAUUUUUAAAAAGAAAAGAGAGGAUAUUUUCGUUUCUAAAUUGCUCUACAUUUUAAUUUAAUUUUCCUCCUAAUUUUCCUGUUAGCAUUUUAUUUACAAAAAAAAUGCAGCAAACGAGGGAAAUUUUUCCAAGGCAAGCAACUCUGUAAUUGGUUUUAUUCAUAUAUUUUAGACAAUUGGUUAACUUGGAUCUUUUCCAUACGUUCUUUGUGAUGUUUAGUAGUUUGUGCAACUGGAGUGUUUGUGGAGUUUGAGUCGAUCUUAUGGUGCUUCAUUCAGUGGAUAUUUUGCUAGAAGUUGUAAUGUGCAUUUGGAUGGUUAGCUGACUACUGAGUACCAUGCAUCGUGAUUUCUAAGAGGACAACCAAGAAUGUGUGUGAUCUGUUUUAAAAAUGAGCUUCAAAAAUGUGGCAGGUCCCCCCCCCCAUGGCCUGCUGGUUUUGCUACUGAAAGGGUCAGUAGUGACUUCAUGUUUCCUUACCACCAACAGAGGGAGCAUUAAGUAACUACAUCAUAGAAGAAUCAUUUUGAUAAUUUCAAAAAUGUGUUGUUUAGCCCAUUAGGAAAACAAAGAUUUGACAUUGUGAUAGUUUUCCUUAAUCUGGUGGGAAAAAAAAGACAUGAAAUCACUCAUCAUAUAAAACAAAUGAAAGGAGGUCAAAACCUGGUUUUAGUUACUUUUACUGUUGUCAGGGGUAUAUUUAAAAAAUGCCUCUAUUCAAACUUUAGCAAAGUAGCAGAAUUCAUAUUGUUUUUGGGAAAACUUACCUUGAGUGCUGUUGGGCUACACUUCCCCAUCUACUUCUUAAAUCUGAAAGAGACCCAUUUGCCUUAACGCACAUUUGCCAUUGUCAGAAGCUAAGCAACUGGGUUAAAACUCCAACAUCUGUUGUAGAGUACUGAGGAAAAGAGCAGGUGACUGGAAACGCUGGUACAUACCCUUUUCUUAUUAAAGGGAGUGCCUCCUUUUAAAAAGGGUAGGGAGGUCCCUAAAGAAUUUUGGUAAGGUCCUACUGUCUAGCUCAUUCAAUUGUAUUUAUUUUUCUCCCAAAUAUCUCACAACCUAAAACAUUUGACAUUGUUCUCUAGAACUGGGAGACCACCAUAUCGGCAGUGGAGCCCUCAAGCAAGGAUGCUUCUUCAUGGCUAAGCUAUUUUCUAGCCUAUAAGGGCUGCUUUCAGACUGACCCACAGUUUUGAAGAUAAAGCUGUCUGCACCUAUUCCAAAAGAUACAGGUGCUUGAUUGCCCACGCACAAUCGCUGUCUCACAAUCACAGUAAGAGAGGGGUGAGGGAGAGUCUUCUCACCUUUUGACUUCCAGUCCUACAGUUUUGAUGAUGGAUGCUGUCAGUGCUUUUAAAACUAGAAAAGAAAAGGGUUUUUUUUUUUUUUUGUAUUCAGGAAAACAUACACACAAGCACACAAAGAGAUAGGAGUAGAUGUUCUAGGCAGAAGACCUUAAGAGAAACUCAGAGAAUAAGAGCUGGUAUGCAAAAGAACACUAGUAUAAUUUUUUAAACAAUCUAUGAUUUUUAAAUGGAAUUUGUUGAAUACAAAACAGAAAAAAAGUGAGGAAUGUUUGUCUCAACACAUAGAAAUUAUGAAAGUUAAAUUCCCUAGCACUAAAAACAUUGAUAGUGUCUCAGCAUGUGGGUAGUUUUUCCUGUAUUAAGUACCAACAUUUGUACAAAAAGAACCCCUUCCUGUAAAAUAAACCCCCCAAAAGACAAUAAUUAUAACUAAUGGAUGGUCAGUUCUAAAAUUAAAAACAACGGAGAAACAAGCCCCCGUAAUCUAAAAUGAAAGUCCAUAUCAGAGCCUUCUCAUUUUUGUAGACUGCACUCCUCACAGCCAUGUUGCAGGCUCCCCCAGCCCAGUUCUGUUUGCCAAGGCUCAUGCCUCAGGUGGACCGUUCCUGUCUCCCUAUCUAGAUCACAGUAGCGCUUGGCCUUAGAAAGACUUGGGUUUGCCUCUUUCUCUACAAGUCAGAGAGCUUCAUUUUCUAUCAUAUCAUGUAAGAUCAAGAAAACCAUGUCCAACCCAUGAACAGGGAGAGUCCGUGUCUGAGACUAAAGAGCAAGAAAAGGUUUCCUCUGGGCAUGCUUGUUUCCGCGUCAGUCUUCCUGUCGUGAUCUACAUGUGCUUCCAUCUCACACGCCAGCAUGGCCCUGCUCAAGCCCCCAAAGCAGUGUUUUCUUUCAGCAUAGAAGUUAAAAAGGAAGUGGUGCCUCCAUAAAACACCCCUGGUGCCCAGGAAAACACAGCGAAGUUCCUUGUUGCUUUUCCAUUGCAAUCCUCUAAAAUGACUCCCAACACCUUUGUCCUGAGGAAUGACAAAAGUGACAUCCAUCUGGCCAGGACGAAUAGCAGACAUGCCCAUUCUGAGCCUUCCCCCGACGUUGCAGAAGGAGUUGCUUGAUUCAUUAGGGCUGCUCAUGGGGAGUACAUGGUUCUACCGAAGAUCACAUCAGACUGGCUCUUCAGUGUGGCAGCUGCAGCAAGGGAACAAAGAGGCGCAGGCCAGGAGCAGACAGGAGAUGUCCUGUAGGGGAAGAGAACAGAGGGUGGGUGCCUUUUCUGCUGCGACUUGACUCUUAAAAGAAACCCUCCAAAAAGAGUUCUUUAACUUAGUAAUGAGUUGAAGUUCAGGGUAAUGGAAGCUCUGGGGAAGAGAACAAAAGAAUUGCACAAUGUAUUCAGUACCCAACAAUACCAAACCAGAAAACAUCCAAUCACAAAGCUAGGAAGUUUGGCAAGAGGUACUUAGGGAAACUUCCAGCCUUUUCCAUGGGCAGGGUCCGCAGACUUUCUUUUGAGUGAUUUCUGGCUCAGAGAAACCUCUUUACUCACUAGAAAAGAACUUUAUUUAAACGGCCAAUUUUGUCCCCUGAGGAGAAAAAAAAGAAAAAAAUUAAAAAGACAGAAAAGAAAAAUAGGACACUAAAGACAGAACCAUGUGAGUUGGUGACAAACAAAAGAAAGGGGACACUAGAAUUUCAAUAGACUCCCCAAUUGGAUAGAAAAGAAAAAAAUAGCAAAGCUACCCAAGGGCCUCUCAGCUCCAGACUCCCAGUCUGCUGGGAGGGGACAGAGUGCUUGAGCUGACCCAGCUGCUGGCUUUCUGGGGCUGGGCAUAACUGACAACCUCCUCCUUCAUUCUGUGAUUGUCUAAGGAAAAGGGACUGUUCUCUCAGGUGCCCAGGAAAUAGGUGGAAUGGGGAAAACUUCCAGAAGCAGGCUCUGCCCUGUACUCAUGCUGCCCCAGAAGAGCUUCAGCCCAUACACGAAAAUCCUUAAGUAUUCCCAAGGGCUUUGUGUGUGGAGUUACCAUUUCUAAUACGUCCUAAACCUCCACAAGAGGCAGGCUGUGUUCCUGUAAAACUGCACAUGUGCAAGUUACUAACACGAAACAUCACUUCUAGCACGAUGAUCAUCCCAAGCCAAAUCCCCCAAGGAGGUCUCUAAGUUUCUUAAGAUGCUGUUCUGCUUGACCACUGAACCCACAGCAGUAAGUGAUGUGCAUUACUAGGUCCCAGGAGUGGCUGUGGGACUUCCCAUUCUCUCUAAGGUGAAGAGGCAAAGAUGAAGGCCACAAAUUCCUUUUUAGAACCGAGUGUCUCCUCCCCACUGAAGGAGGACUAGAAAGGCCCAGGACUAAAACUAGUGUCUUAACCAUGGCUGACUGACAGCUGCCCUUCUCUCAUGGUUUCUUUAGACCCCACCUGUUGCUCCACAGACUAAAUACUGAAGUAACAUCAGCUAAGGAAUUUUCACAAGAAAGCAUUAGGUUGUAGAAUUAUUGCCUUAAAUUAGAAACCCUGGAGGAAAGCAGACAAAAAAAAAAUACAGAAAUGAAAAGGCUGUGGAGAUAGGGACAUUUGCUUUUUAAUGAUUCCAUAAUCACACACACAAAAAAAUAAGCUCUAUUCAUGACUGAGGACUAUGGAAACAGUGACUUCCUGGGGAGGCACCAAACUUGUAGGGGAACUGGCUGCUUUCAGGAAGCAGCUAUUUCCUGUCUACUCUAUUUCAUUGGUAGGUCGAGGCUGAAUGUAAAAUAAGCAUGUUGCUAAGUAGCAAGUCCCGUUAAACACAAUCACAGGUGCCUGGAUGACUCUUAAAUGUCUCCUUAACUGGGAGAACGAUCCCAACAUACAGCUUUCUUUUUUUAUAUAAUCGGUAUCUCUACAGUCUGCACUUUGUUCCACCUCAGUUAUGGAGUGCAUUUGGCUUCUCUUGUGUGUCUUUGUUUGAAUGCAGAAUCAAAACUUUCAAUUCUUUAGUGCAGAGGCAUCACCUGCAGAUCACAGACAAAAGUGAGCCGAGUCAUGAAGUCCCAGUCUCGGCAAUGCCCGGAAAUAGUCUCCCCUUGGAUCUCUUGCGAAUUGAGAGGUUUCUUGGUUCAGAGUACUUCCAUGAAAUUCUGAUACUCCUGCAGCAGAGAGAAAAGAAUUAUCCCCCACCCCAGACAUCUGUUUCUACUGCUGUUACAGCAGUUGUUGUAGCCUGAAGCAUCAGUCUUUUGCACACAGAUGCUUAUAAGAAAAAAAAAAGUGGCUUAACCCAUCCAGUUUGUCACAGCUGCUGGCCAGAAUAUCUGUAGAUGAGUGCACCUUAUACAUGUGCAUACGUGGUGUGAGGUGCUCAUACCAUGACACUUCAUUUAUAUUCUCCACUGACAACAGCGUAGACUUGGAAAUUUCCAGCUAGAGUCCAGGGCCUGGCACUGUGCAUACAUCUGCUUUCUGUUCUGUUACCUUGUUUGGGUGCAUCAGUAUCUGUGAUGAGGCUUUAGAGCAUGGGGAAGUAGCCCAACUGUCAGUAGUUUGUGUAUAGCCUUUUGAGGAGAAACUUGAACAAAUGCUACACUUCUGUGGAUUUACUGGUGAAUGUGUGUGUGCGUGCAAGUGUGUGUGUGCACAAGGCUACACACAUUCGUAUGUUUGUGUAUUUAUGCUGUCUGAGUGUGUGUGCGUCUCUCAAAUGAAACACACACAGGCAGAGUUCCUGGUGCAGUUGCCUCUUCUACCAUUGUGCUCAAACUCAUGGCUCUCUUCCCAGGAAGCAGUCACCUGCCCACUCUGUUGCUUUUUGUAGCAUUUCAGAGUUGGGAGAAACAAAGGCAGCUUGUUGGCUCCACAGCAAACCCACUGGGACAGGCUGUUUCCCUCCAGAAGAGGGUGGAGUACACAUACUCAACCAGGCAGACCAGAGGGAGCCAUCCAGGGCACCUCACAGGACUCCCAGAGGAGAGACACCACCUAGUCAGGUAGCACUCAGGCAUCCCAGGGCUAAGCCUGAGCUCAAAGGCCAUUCCUGUCCUCUCGGGAACCUUGGAAGCUUCAGAGAAGGAACAUGGUCUGCAGAUCAUAGAUAAAACCUAGCCCCAGGCAUGAAGUUCCAGGUUGUAGCAUGUGCACACACUCACACACAGGAACUCCAUGGGAGUCCUGCUCCCAAACUGAAACUCCAUGAUGCUGCCUACAUCUGCAGGACUUCUCUAUCAUUCACAAGCUGUGGCCUUCAUGAGUCUUUCCAGGAUGGGCUGUUUACCAUGUCCAGCAAACCAAUAGAGUAUCAGAGGGGUAUCUCGAGGGGAAUCUGUAAGAGUCAGUGGCUCAUGACUAUGUCAGACAUGAAAGCAGAAUGCUACUUUAAUAUACUAUAUUGAAUGACUGGACUUGGCUCUCAUAGGUAACUCCUGAUGACUUGAUGACCUGGAAACAGUUGGAUCUAGUUUUCUCACUCCCAUGCCCUUCUUUUACUAGGUGGUUUCGUCUCCCCCCUUUUUUGGUAACAUGCAGAUUGUUUCUGCUUUACAGAAUUCAGAGGACCUUUCUUUCCUCUUAUGUUUUAGUGGCAUUUUCCCUUCCCCCAUGCUGUAAGGCUACUUACCAUUGCAACUAUUUUUUUUUGUUGGUUAUUAUUUUUCCAAAUGUGUGUUGUCUUUCUGUAUCCAAAAGAAGUCUGUGACCAUAACCACAGUAUUUCUUUUUACUGGAAAAAAGUUCAGUUCUUGUUUUUGUUUUUAUUGUUUUAAUUAACAGUACUAGUGACUCUGUGGAAGACUAUGGUUACUGUUUAGAUAUGCUUACUUAAGUACAAUACACUACAUUGCAGUGUUUCUGAAACCUAGAACAUAUGCAUUAUAUAUAACAACUCUAUAUUGAAAUAUAGUCCAUUGUAUUCAUUUUAACUUUGAAUCUGCCAAUGAUCAUGAGUUUAUUGAGAUAUCAUUUCUUCAUAUAUAUCACCCAUCACCACCUGAUGCAGUUAAUAUGGCUCAUUUAAUUCUCGUUAUGACUCUAGUUUGCUUUCUAUAUUACCAGCUUCAGUGUUGUCUUUAGAAGAUUCUAGUUUGCUUUCUAUAUUAUCAGCUUCAGUAUUGUCUUUAGAAGAUUUUAUAAUUUUUUUUAAAGCUCAGACUUAGCACAUGUAGGAAAGUGAAAACUGUUUAAACUUUUAAAAAUUAGUUUGCUGUGGCUUAUACAAAGAAGUUCAUAUUCCAUGUGUUCUUGUUUAGCCAACCGUGUCAACAUCUGCAGAACAAAGGAAGCGCCCUUGAACAUAUCUGUGAUCUCCCCCUUUAGCACCACCAUUAUCUACAUUUGAUUUAAAAAGACCAAGGAGAUUCCUGUCUGUCACAUGAUCUGACCAACUAUCAUAAGCUGCAUUUCAAAGGGCUGUUUUGGUGAGAGGCAAAGACAAGGAAAUGCCUCACUCUCCUGACGGUAUCUGCAACUAUUGGUUUUCAGUAUUGGUUCCUCGCCAUCCGCUCUCUCUUUUUGUUAUGCCUACCAUUAUUUUCAUUAGUCUUCAGCAAUUCCCUGGAGGCAUCUUGGAAAUAUGCUAUUCAUUUUCCCAGGAGAUUUAUUUUUAAACUAAAACCACAUUUCUAGAAACUUUUUAUUAACAGAACUCAAAAACAUACAUGACAGUUUCCAGCCUGUAGACCCCACACCUUGAUGGUUCUUGGUUACCUGGCCCUCAGCACUUCUACUUGCUGUCUUCUCUAGCCAGGCUACCAACAGGGCAUUCAGAAAUCAGAUAGCCUGAUUUCUAAAAGAGCACUUUCAGGUCAUCUUUUCAAGUAAAAACUUUCUUCAGCUGCCCCCAUCCAUUCCACCAAACGUCUGAACAUCAGAAUCAGGUCAACUGAAUGCCAUUUCCUCCUUCACACUCUGUAUUCAUGGCAAAAUGAAGUGUAGAACCUCCGCGUGGUGGACCAGUAUGUAGGCUUCUCAGUGUGAAUAGACCACUUUGGCCUUCAGUCUUCAUCAUCAAUUAUUGAGUCUCAUCACAUUCUGCUGUGCCGAUUCAGUGUCUGCCCCCAGCUCUCCCAGACUCUCCUUAGCAUCUUCCACUUGUGAAGCCUGGCACUCAUUCAGGAUCUUUCCUUCAGUCUCCUUCGACGACACUAAACUAGAGUCUAGUAGGAAACUAUUUAUUUUCAGUGGAAGACAUGGCAGCUGGAAAUCAUGGUAGUGAGGGUGUGCCUUCAGUGAUCAGGUAUGAGGUCAAUUGUCCCAGCUCCAUUAGUUUUGGUUUCCUUUCCUUGCCAAAUUCUCCAGGUUUCUUAUUGUUUCUUUCUAAAGAUAACUUUGAGCUACCCAAUCAUCUCUUCCAUGCUUCCCCCCAAAUAUUACAUUAUGACCACCCCCCAGCCGUUCAUGUCUUUCUUCUCCCACUCUUCUUAGCAUCUUUCUUUAAACAAGUUCAUAAACUUGAGACUCGUAGGCAGAAUGAAGAAUGUCUUCAUUUCAGCUUCAGAUUUUAAAGGUUGUCAGUAUCUUUUGAGAGUAGGAGGACCUGAGUCACAGUUUUAAAUGUCAACUGUACUAGUUGAGAUCAUUAAUUCCUCUCACCUUUACAUUAAACCAAAGAUAAGUAUUUUCUGUUUUUUUAAUACCACAGUUUUCAGAUUCUUGAUAUGAGUAGACCAUUUCUGAGGGAGGAAAAAAAGCUCCCAUAUUGAUUAUUUCUGCUUGUGCUAAUACUUAGCCAAUGACAUGAUUGCCAGAUACUAGAUUUACAAGAAUCUGAAGAAGUGGGUAACAAUUAAAAAAGCCUUUGGUAGCUAUUCAUGCCAAAAGCCACUUCCAUUCAAAUGCAAUGUAAGAAAAUUUUGAUGUAAGAAAAGUUUGAGAGAAUUUCUUCUUGUAUUACAUUUGUGAAAAGCCAAAUAUUGGUUGGUCUAAAACUUUGAGGGGUAAUUUAUUAAGGAAUAAAAGAUCUAUAAGUUUAUCAAAUUCCUGUUUGAUAAACAAAAGUUACCUUGACAUGGCAUAUGUUAAAAACAAAACAAAAAAACAAGAAUAAGGCUGACUGGGUCCUGUAUUAGAUUAGAUGUGCAGGACUCAAUUUAUAAAUACAGGAUGUUAUUUGGCCAUCAUUUUAGAGCUCAUUCAAAUUGAAGCUUUCUGGACUCCACGAAGAAGACUGAAGCCAUUGUGGGUGUAGCCCUUUGAGGAUACUUGUAUUAUCAUUUCACAGUGACCCUUUAGUACAUCACCCUCACUUGCUGUGAUACCACAUUGUCUCUCUGCUCAUAUCAAGAUGGAGUGUGUGACAGUUUGCAAUGCACAGACACUCAACUUCUUGCUCUACCUUGACACUCAAAAUCCACACUUAAUAUGAAAACUGUCAUUUGGCUUGAGGCUUGAUCCAGCUUUUGUCUUAAAACAGUGUGUAGCAUCACUUUGCAUGAGAGAAAUGGCAAGUUCAGAAGCCUUCCUGAGGCAGGCAUCUCUCAGGAAGUCACCAUGUCUAAAGGCUAAUGUUUACAGUUCUGAAGACUGUGACCUUUGCUUGGCAUGUCCUUCAACCUAGUCUUACCUUCAUCUCUUCCUUUUCCCAUUUGGGGCUCCUGCCAUCUCUCUUGGAAGUACUCUGUAUCUAAAGAACCCUUGUCCUCUGGCAUUGCCGUCUGAAGGCAUAGAAGAUUCGGUCAUCUCAAGUGCAGGGUGGAGUGGGAGAGGUCUGGAUUGGAAAGAUCUCAUUCGGUCCAGUUAAUCCAGGCUGCCUUCUUGCCUUAGUUCCUUUAGGCUCUCCAAGAGAUCCAAUGCUAAGGCCCAGGAUUUCUCACUACAACCUCUUAAGAUCGCCACAGAUGAAUGUCUAAAUCCUAUUUAAUAUUCUAGAGGCUCCAGGGUGUGAAUUCUUACUGCUCAGGAGCCUCCUGUUUUUACAAGCUGGCACCUGUCAAGAUCACCAACAGCCCCAACAAUAACUAAUGCAGCAAAAUAAUGGUCAGAAACACUAGGGCUUAUAUUUGAGAGAUUAACAAAUGAUUUUUUUCUUCUUUUACCCAAUGUUUUUUUAAAGCCUGCAUACCUCUCCCAACACAUUUCAGAAAACCUGCAUCUCAUUUUACACUUAAGUAGUUUUAGUUUUGUGAAUGUAGAUUAGAAAAUGUUCUGGAAUUGAAGCUGGUAGCAAACAAGUUUCUUUUCUGCACUGGACGUUAGGACAAGUGUGCAUGGAUGCAAUUCCUUCAAAGAAAGUGAAACAUGGUAAAGCAAAGGGACAAUACUUUUACACAUUAAAACAGUUGUCUGCUAUCUGUAAACCUUGAUUUAAUCAUAAUUUUAACUUCAUAGAAAUUUGAAACUGGAGGAAUGUGUAUUUUAGUAGUUUGUUUGUUGAUUUGUUUUCCUUUAUGUCUUUCUUAUUCAGCUAGGGAAAUGUUUUGAUUCCCUAAUUUGAUGCUGUCCCUGCACAUCAGGUGACUGCUGCCCACCCCCCCAGUGGUCUUUUGUCCCUUAGGAAAGCCUUCACUCUUCCUACAAGAAGUCCUUUCUCAUGAAAGUCAUGUGUUCCUUUUCUGCUGUCACAUAGAUCUUUGAGGAGAGAGAUUCUUUCUGCACUUUAGGGAUGGAAUAGUUAACAAAAAUUCCUUGAAGAAGAAACUCUCUUUACUUAAACGAAUAGGUCUGGGCCAAAGACCAGAACUGACUGCUGAAGGUCAUUCUUCUUGUACUGCAGACCAUCAUUGCCUCCUCACAUUCUUUUGGGAGCAAAACUGGGGAUAAAUGUAUUUUCUUUUAUUGGGUUUUUUAAAUAGUAUCUAGUACAGAAUUUCCAGAAAGAAAAAAGAGUGAGAAUUAAUAAAAUAUCAUCUGAUCUGUCCAUUUUCACAAUGGUAGGGAUUUUAGUCCUGUCGUUUUAAGCUUAAAUAAGGUCUGAAAUAUGGAAACAUCCACUCUCACUUCAAUCCUAACCCUGCCUGGCACUGAGAUGGAUGGAAGCAGGGCAUCUCCUCCACACUGCCAAUGCUUCUCCUGUCCAUGCCCAUCAUCACAAAAGAGAAAAACACUUAAAAGGGGGGAGGGGGCCAUAGUACUUCAUCUGAUGAAUACUCUGUAGUUCAGCUUAACUUACAAAUAUCUUGACAACCUUUUUAUAACCUGGCUUUUAUGCUAUAAUUUAAAUUCUUGGCUCUAACUUGGGAACAGAAGGAAAGCAGGGGAGAGAGCAGAGUAAAUCAAUGAAACUAAACUGAUACAAUUCUACAUUCUUAAAACCUGUUCGCAGGGUUACCAAAGAAUGAUCUCACCCCGUCCUGUCAUUCCUUCCCCUCUCUCUUUUUGAUUAUUCUGAGAAUUACUAUAACUAUACUCUUGUGAUUCAUGACUUCUCUUCAUGCUAUCAAGACUAUCUAAAGAGUGUAUAGAAACCCUUCACUGCUCUGCUCCUAAUCUGCUGUCCAGGGCACAUGUGAUGUGUGCACUCAGAUAACCAAAAAUGAACUAGUGCUUCGAUAGGUUUUGCAGUAGCCUAGUGCUGUAGCUCACAGCUAGGGGAUCUUUCAAAACAAAGGUAGCUGUUCUCCUCUUGGCUCUUCAUGGGACAAAUCUUGGCUUGGAAUCUGCAAUAGAAUCAAAGGAGAAUAUACCCAAGGAUGCUUGAGCAGUUAGUGUUCAUCCUUACUCCCAUUGAGUUAGACUUCAGGUGUUUAGAGGAGACUAUCAAAGAAUACAUUGAGGAUAAUUUGCUUAGGCAUAUCUAAUAACAAUCCACUUUGCACCAUUGCUAAAGAAUCGUGGUUGUCAGAUGAACAGUGAGUCUCUUAGUAGUCCACAUCCCUCACAGCAAGCAAGGGUAAGAAACCCAUGGCAGAGAAAGUCUUCACUUACUUUGUUUUCAAAACCCCCACAAUGCCAAAUGUCCUUGUUUCUUUCAAUCUGACACUACACGUUGAUUCUUCUAAAAUGCCAGCAUGUAUGUGUGGCUGGGAGCAGUCAGGCAGAUUGACAUGUGCAGAGGGAGGGUUCAGAUAUACUGGAGAUAGAUUCUUAAGGAUUAUCACAUACCAAGUGCUUCUCCAGACUCACAUGCUGCGUCCCAAACUGACUCCUUGUCAACUUUCAGUAAAACAGAAGCUCCACAAGAAAUCCCACUGCAAAUGUUUUCUUUUUUUAACUGCAUAAUACAAGGAAAGUUACAAUACAGAAUCUGCAUUUAAGAAUAAUAAUUCACUUUGUAUUUAAUAGUUCUACUUUUUGUAUAAGUGUCGUUGAGUUAUUUGUACCAAUUUAAAAUUCAUCAUUUUGAGAGAGGCCUUGCAAAUUUCUGUGUGUGUGGAUGUAUGUCUGUAUUUGUGUAGCCAGGCCAAAAAAACGAACAAUGCAGAAGACGGGCCUAUUGAUGUUAUGUAAGGUGGCUGCUGCUUGUAGACCUUGAAGACUAGCUGAUUCUGCUACUCAAAUAGAGCCCUGGACUGUUAGAUUUAGGACUGAGUUUUGGGAAACAGAAAGGCUCUCACUUUUCUUUCUGUACUCAUCUCCCAUAGUUCCAGUCACCUGACAUGAGAAAACCAUUAAGGAAAAGCACUACUGACCUUUGCAUUGAGUAGCCAUUUUCCUCCUCUGACUAAUCCCUUGAUUGCAACUCAGCUCUACGCCUUUCUUUUCUCCCUACUGGCUUAAUGUCUUACAGAAUAAUACAGAGGUACAAGCUGGCUUUUUCUCUGCUUUGAGCUGAAACACACAGGAGCCACAAAAGAGAUGAGUCACACAAUUGUCAGGCAAGGGCUGUGUUUCCCACUUUCAUAGCACUGGUAACCUUCAGUAAGAGCUGUUUACGGUUGAGCUUUGAGGGUGUAGUCAUUUUUAGUAGGUUUUUUUGGUUUGUGGGAUUUUUUUUUCUUUUCUUUCUUUCUCUUUUUUUUUUUUUUUUUUUUUUUUUUUGCACUAAGCAUGACUGCACUGCGUUGCACUACUGAGAUGAUGCUUUUACUCAUGCCAGGAGACUGUGUUAGGGAAGGGAAAAAAAUAGGCGAUCUGGGAGACUCAGAACCUCACAAAGACGGAGAUCUUUUCCACGGUGGUCUUUGCAGAGUCAGUGAGAAUCUAGAUUUUUCGCCGACUCUUGAUCAAGUCUAGAAACUGCUUUGCUGACAAGAUCUGUUUUCUUAUUGUAUGGAAGUGGAGGGUGAGAACAAAUUGAAGAUAUUUCAAAACAAAUUUAUCCAAUUUUGUUUCCAAAUAAGCUUACAAUAAGAGCCACAAGAGUAAGAAAUUUGACUGGGCUGACGCAAAGCCUUGGCUCACAAGAUUACACAGUACACCUCAGUGUGCCUGAGAGUCUUGGUGUCAUGUUCUGAUAUCCUUUCGAUCCUUGAGGAGACCUAGAUCUGGGUAACCAAAGAGGAAGGCCAUACAUGUGGUGACACUGUAAGGUGACAGACAGUAAGGGAACAGUGCAAUAAACACUGCCAGCCAGUGAGGUGGAAGGCCAACUAGAAAACUGGAGGAAGGGUCCGAGGUGUCAUCAGAAUCUGCGAGCUGCUCCAUCCUAGACUGUCCUUAAGCAGAGAACUUGAUAGUGCCUAAAAGUUGAAAGCCGUUGUACCCCCCCCCCAACUUUUCGGUUUAUUAUUAUUGCCUUCUUAAAUCCCAGAAGCAACCAGAGUUUGGCAGCUCUUUAGUAACUAUUAACAAGAGAAUCUUGUACCACAGGAAAAGCAAUAGACUGUGUGGGGAAUGAAACAUGUGUAAGGGUUCUGAGGGACCCCUCCAGAAUCUCAGAUGACAGAUUUUGAAAACUCUUGUUCACUAAGAUUCACCACCCGUGUUGAGCUAAUGUUGAGUUUCUUUGAACACUGUCCCAUGUGAGGGCAACAGUUUGGAAAACUCCCGUUGAGUCACUUUCUCCUCCUUCCCUAUCAUUGGUCCCAGUCUACCUUUCCAAGUCAAAGUUGAUUCUUAUUAUACGAAAGUGCCAACCUUGCUAGUUAAACCCCAUUCAGAACUAACUUAAGCAGCCCCUUAGGCAUGCAAAGGCAUUGUCUGUAUUCAAAUAGAAAUGAUAAAUAAGAGAUCUUAACAGAUACUUAGAAUGCAUACUUGGAAAGCGCUAAGAGGACAGCCAACCAAAGCUAUGAGAAGAAAUAAUUGACUUUUUAAAAUUCUUGGGCACCUUUCUUCAAGCUUUGGGGGACACAUUUUUCUUGAAACUUGGAUUUCGCUCCUGUUCUGUCACCAAAGAUUUUCUUCUCCAGAUCCCAGGCUCCUCUCUCCUAGGCAAAAGUACCAUAACAGGGAUGCUUCCAGUGGUUGACAGAGGACACCCUUCUCAUGUUCACAGUGGUAUCUACAGAUCGUGAGAGUAGAAGUGCUACUAACAGUCUCUAUGACUUGGGAGUUAGUCAAAAGGUUAAAAAAAUACACAGUACUUGACACUAUAAACAGUGUGAAAUACAGUUGUAACCUGGAGGCUUGUGGAGAGAAAGAAACUUCCAUGGAAGAAAGUGAGUUAAAUCAUUUAGAACCAAACAAAGAUUAUUGAUGAGAGAGAGUCAUUGAGCAAUAUGAGAUGGCAAAGUGGGGCUCUGUGUGCCCUGGGCCAAUGACAGUGGCACGGGGAAAGUAGACAGCAGGCCAGAGGACUCCAGUACUGAGAUGUUCCAGUGUGGGGAGUCUUGCUGUGACUGCUGAGGUGGUUGAGAUGUUCAUGGGAAGGGAAAUCCGUGGAAGCAGAUAGUGCCUUUCUUGUUGUAGCAAGUGAUGUAUUCAGUUACGCUUAUCUGGACCAUUGCCCCCAUCUUCUGAGGAGGUCGGAGGAAUGAAGGGAUAGGAUAUUGCCCCUGGAAUGCUGUGAUUUGAAGAUGUUUGCACUAGAUUCUAAGCUCUCCUUUAAUGAAAGAAUGAGAGAAAAAAAAAUGACAACUCUUAAGUUAAAAGAAACCCAAAGUAAUGUGUUCUUUUAACAUAUCUCCCCUUCACUACUACAUCUUCUCUCCCUCCAUUCCUCCCUCCCUCCCUCCUUCCUUCCUCUUAAAGGAAACUACACAUUUCUUAUUACCAAAUCCAACUCUUAGCAAUUCUUUGUCUCUGUCUCCCCCCCCCCCCCAAUAAGUUAUCAACCAUUGGCUAGGGCUAGCUAGUUAAGAGCCUCUGCCCUUACAAUUUUGCUUGCCUUCUCUGCCUCAUCAAGGUUACAACAGUGAGUGAUAGGGAUAGCAUUCAGCUCUUAUGGAAGCCAGUGAGUCUGGAUUUCAUGCCAAUAGAUGAGCUGACACAUAUUUAUCCAAAACACAUUAUGUUCUGUAGCUCAUCCAAAAGGAUUUUUAGAAACAAAAUGAAGCCACUGUGUUUUAGCAUCAGAUGAAGGUAGUGCCCAAAGUUCACCUGUUUCUUCUCUCUCCUCUCUCCCACCUAUUGCCAUGUCCUCUCCACCAGAAUGAUACUUCAUCUCAGCUAUGUCACCAGAAGAGCUAUUUGAUUCUUUGGUCUGUCUCUUUAUCAGUAGGAUGGUAACUCUUCCAAAUUAAAACCAAGAAAAUACUAUUAGCAACUCCCUUAUGGUUGGAUAGCUUCCCAAGUGGUAUCUACCUGAUCUUGAUGAUCAGUUCUGAUAACUUGGAAGUUUUGGCUGGCUCAAACAUCUGUCAACUUUACUUUUCAUUUUGUUUCUGUUUCCAUUUGAAUCUUGAGUGAGAGUGGAAAGGUAGAAUCACAGGAAAGAUUUGGAGGCUGCAAUUCUAGGGUAUAGCUUGUCAGAACUCUGUAUUAUCCAAAAUAGAAUUUUCUACUUGUUUCCAACUUAAUGUUACCCCAAAUAUAAUUUCUAUUACAUUUAUUGUUAUUUUUAUAAAGAUAGAGUCCAUUUGCUAUGUCUAGUUGAGUGCUCUUUUUCUAUUUCCCCACAUGGAUGCAGUACCAAUCUGUUACUUAAAUAUCUUUUUAUUAUAUUGUUAAUAUGUAAUUCUACUGUAGACCAAAAAUAUAAAAACAAAUUUGUUCAUUUAAAACAUAUAAAGAAUCUAGUGAGUAAGGAUGAAGAGAAAAGAUGAAGAGCAGUGGUUAACUGUGUUGUUUGAAAUCUAAGAGUAGCCUUACCUAUUUUUAACCAGUGCUUGCCAGUCACACCAUAGUUGGGAUUAUAUUAUCUUGGCUUCUUCAUGCUUAUGUUCUACAAAUCUUGUUUGUCUGUUUUAUUUGAUGUAAUUGAGGUUGCACAUGAUGCUCUUUUUUUGGUAAUGCCUGAUUUUAUUGUACUUUUAUCACUCAUUUCCUUUAGAAGAAUGAGGGAGAAAGUUUUAUUUCUUCUUUUAAUUUAAAUUUUGUUUAAUGCACUGGAAAUAAAAUUGGACACAUUUCACUGUUUAAAAAUCAGAAACAAAACAAAACCCCAAAGAAAAAAACCAGCAAACAAAUAAGUAAAGACACAAGCAAAAGCUAUGGAAAAUAAUCUGUCCAUAUAAAAUAUAUGUAUAAGCUAUGUCUCACAUGAGAGAUAAAUACUGUCAAGUAAGAAAAACAUACAGUGUAAGCUACAGUACAGAAAACUAUAAGAGGAACCUGAGUUUAAAGUGUGUGGAGAAGACAGGCCAUUUCUUUCUGAGGAGAGAUCUUGUCGUUAUUCCAAUAAAAACCAAAUAAAUUGAAUGUGGAAGAGAUUAAGGAGGGAGUAAUCCCCUCCCUUAUAGCACAGGAGCUCUGGGUUACUUUUCAUUAUUUGUCUCAGCUACACACACACACACACACACACACACACACACACACACACACACUGCUUGAGAAGGCUUUGCAGAAAUGUCUGUAUCCAGUGCACACACGCACACGUGUCAGUGCUCUGACGGUCCUCAUGCUGAUUCACACGGUUCUCUGAGACUUACCGGUGACAGUCACCCACAUGGAAGACUGCAAGUCACUGAAAUUAAUGUGUGUUACAAAGCACUUCAAUCCAGCCUGCUCCUUUCUCCUGCAUCACCCACUACAAGACCAGCUGCCUCACACCGGUGUACAGUGAGAACUCCGACACAGGUUACUUCUCUUAGCCUACGGGCUCAUUAUUUGCUCAAAUAUUUGCUGGUUUUUUUUCUGGUUUUGUUCUGUUUUAUAAUGGGGUGGGAGUGGAUGUAACUUCACAAUCUUAAUACAGUAAAGUUUUGCAUCUUCCAUAUCUUAUGCAAAAACAGACAUUUAAAUCAAUAAAUAAUUGUGCCCUAGACUGAAAGUUAAUGUUUAGGAGAGGGAAAAAAUUGUUGGAAUUUUUUCUACAUUUUUUUGUGAAGAAUCUUUUUUGGAAAGGAAGGAUACAUAUUUUUGUUGUGUGAUAUUUUCUAUUUUUGAAUGCAUUUUAUUGGUACAAGACUGUUUUUUUGGUGAAGACAUUAUUUAAAAAAAGAAAAAAAGAAAAAAACUAAUCGAAAAGUUUGCCCUUAAGGAUAUGCUGCAGUUUUGAGGUUAAAAAAUAAUAACUGAUUCAAGAUGCGUGUUAAAAGUUGGGAUUAUAUUGUUGUUUUUUUGUAAUUGUUACAAGAAGAAGUUUGUACCCACUGCUGUUUAUUUUGUUUCAGAUGAGUAAGUAAAGGGAUUGUUCUUGUUUUAUUCUUUUUUUAGAGAAAAAGCUAUUUAUGAAAUGUCAAAAACACUGGACUGUGAGUUUAAGUGUGGAAGCAUUUUACCACCCUGUGUCUUCAACCGAUUAUGGGAAAGCCCUUUUCUCUUCCCCCCGCCUUAGCCUUGCCAAAUGAGGAAAACAUAACAGCUCUCAGAUGACAGAGGCCUCCGAAGCCCUGCUUUAAUUUUUAUGGUCUGAAAAAGUCGGAAAACCAAAGUUAAAUUUGUUUCUGAAAUCCCACUGUCCUUAGCCCCUUUUUUGUAUAACACAGCCAGUUGGCCCUGCCUCUCCAUCUUGGAUCAUUGCCUUCUUGGGAACCUGGGACCAGCUCUGCAGUGAGAGGCAUGAAGGUGGUGAGGUUUCCCGAAGUGAAGUGUGAGUGGGACUUCAGCCUCCCCAGGGCAGCUGAGCUUCUCCAUCCAGAGGCGAGGAUGCCAAGAGCACACCCAGCCAACAGUGCCUGGAGGGGUUACCGCUGUCACCUUCAUCUUCUGCUUCUAAGACCCUCCAGUUACCAUGGCUCUGCCUUUCCCAGCAGCCCAUGUUCCAUUGAUGGGAGGGGAUGGGAUCCAAAUAGAAAAAAUGGCUGGGGUUGCUGUGAAGGCCCCAGCCCUCAGGAGGUAAAGCAAGGGACCACUCAGCACAGGGCUCUUGCUGCCCACCUCCUCUUUGACUCUGGAUUGUCCGUCCAUCUGCUCACUGUGAAGAUGGAGAGGCAGUGUGCCCUGAGGCUGUUCGAUAGCUUUUCCAUAUUUUUUCAACAUUGAAAAAAUAAUUUUUAAAAACUGUGAUAUUUUUUAAAAAAAUCAUUUGGCUGGAGGGAAGGGAAAAGGGAACCAUCAAAAGCUGUAACAUGAUUAACUGGAGAUAUUUAUAACUGGGGCACUUUCCAGACCAAGACUAAUACAUUCUUUUCUGGACCCUAAAGCAGCAAACUCUUGAGAUUGUCAGUGACAAAAAGCUGAAGAGAGGCGUCCCUUUCCUCCUUUCUUCUGUCUCAAAAUCUCUCGUUUUCUCUUCUAGCUUCCCUUGGUAACUAUCCAAUGGGCUUCAUACUUCCUAUGUGCAAAAACACGUGCACGUGCACACUCCCAAACACACAGACACACAAGCAAAAAAAAAAUCUAUUUCUUUUGAGGAUCAUGGGACUGAAUUGAAGUCAUGUGCCUUCAUUUUUUCCUUUUAUAGCUAAAUGAACCUCUUCCUUUUUACAAUGUGUUGGGUUUUGUUUUCUUUUGUUUUCAGGAGAAGAGGGGAGGUUCAGUUUUUCUGGAAGAUUUUAAGCAUCAUUUAGAAAAGAAUCUUUGAAGCAAAUUCCCCACUAAACACUAAACACAAACAUCUCAAACCUUUCACAUUGCACUGUGCACACUUAGAGCAUCCAAGUAGUCAGAUAUCUGACAACCUAACCCACUUGAUUUUAGAGCGGUUUCGGAAAUCUCUAUUUCAUAGACUUUUUUAUUAUUUAUCAAAAUGAGGCGAGUGAGGCAAGUUGCCUUGCUCUCCUAAAUUGGUGCUUUUUCUUGUGGGGGUGGGGUGGGAUGGGGUGGUGGAGGGGAGAUAGAGACAGAGGGUGCAUUCCUAAAGAUCUCUGGUGCUGAAGGGCCUCGAGUUCCUUUCAGAAAAUGUGUUUGACACAUUCUUACGCACACAAGUGAAUGGUAUCACAUGCAAUAUUCUAAUGGAACAAGGCAAGAGGCUCUCUGAAGUGGGAUUUUGCUUUUUUUUUUCAUAAAACAUUUGAUUUCCCUGGUGCCUUAUUCCUACUCGAUGCUGGCACUCACACACCCACAGAACAAACGCUGAUGUUGGCCUCACAAAUGAGGACCUCUAGGUCAUCUUUGAGCAUGUGGAGGACAUAGAACAUUGGAGUCAGUCAGUGGGGAAGGAACUAGAUGGCAUCUCUUAGCUGAAACUACACAGGGACUGCACAAGCCCAUCACAGUCACACACACACACACACACACACACACACACACACACACACACACACACACACACAAAUACACUUUCUCCUCUGAACUUCCCUUCCUUCUUCAUUUCCUAUCUCUGCCUUCUCAUAACGGUGCUGCUGCUGCUGCUGAGGUGCCCGGAGUCCAGAAUGCCCAGUAAUCACUCAGGCACAAGCCUGGCACUGCCACGUCAGCCCUUGGCAUGACCGAACCCAGGUUUCUCUUGCCUGGGGCUGAAAACCAUCAGAUUUUUCUCAACAACAACAACAACAAAAUUUUAUCCAAGGAAUCAGUGGAUUACAGUUAUUCUGCAUUGAAAAUGCACUUUAAAAAUUAAUACAAGCUCCAGACUGUUUAAAACACACAGAAGGAGCAGGGGAAAGAUAAACAUGUGCUAAUGUCUGAACCCAGUUCAGCUUAUCUCCAGUUGAAACAAUAUACACUCUAUUAUGUAUAAAUGUAUACACACUUCCUAUAUAUGUCCACACAUAUAUGGUGUAUAUAUUAUACAUGUAUAGGUCUGUGUGUGUUCAUACACACAUACACAUAGCCAAUCAGAUGCUCAUUAGUACACAAACAGCAGCAGAGGAAACAAGGUUGGACUCUUGCAACAGAUCACAAAAAAUAAAAACAGCCACUUGCAGUGACUUUGGUCAUUUCUGUAUGUUCAUAAAGAAUGGAUUGUAACAAAGAAAAAAAGGAACAGUGUUAGCGAUAGAGGAAAACUGGGCGAACCCAUCUUGAUCCAAUGGGAAUGCAGUAAUGUUCUAUUCCAUUUCACAGUUAUUUCUUUUAAUCAUGAUGAUUUUAAGUUUUGGCUAUUAAAAAUGUUUUAGACUCAAGUGACUACAUCCAAGUGAACAAAACAACUACAGUGAAAGCCCUUUUCAGUAGGAAGAUGUCAGAAAUCUCAAAACCCUUGGCCUGGCUCAGAACCACCAUGUGCAAACCAGAACUCUCUCAACAUUUGAAAUAAAAACUUUAAAACUCUUUUGAAGCACCUUAGCGUGGCCAUCCAUGUGACGAGUGGGUGCCACUUUCUCCUUUGAGCACCUUAUUGACGUGUUUUGCUAUCUGCUGUCUAUCUGUUAUCUGUUAGCUCAAUAGCUAGCUGUUAACACACACACACACACACACACACACACACACACACACACACGUGCACAGACCAGACAUCUGGGCAUGUGUGUUCUCAAUGAAGUUUACUGUAGUGACUGCUGAAAGGUGAACUCAUUUCCUGAUUCUCCUGCCACAGAGUUGUGAUAAGACUCGAAGAAACCCUGUCCCUGCACGGAAAAAUGUUCCUUAUCACAGUGUAUAUUAGGGUGGGAAGGAAUAUGGUCCCUUUUUUGCAGUUGCUACUGUGUAUACACACAUGUGCACACACACACUGUGUAUUCAGACCUAACAAACACAUAUACACAUAGCUCAUUUGUCCAAGUGAUAUUUCAGAUGUCUCUGUGGGUGUCACAAACUGUAUGCAGUUUUCCAUUUCCCAGAGAAUGUUGAAUGGAGGGCAACUUUUCAGACUGAAGAACUAGGCACUGGGGAAGAGUUUGGAAAGAGUGAGAGGCAAGAAAAGAGAGACCAUUAAAUCAACAGAAUAAUGUCCUAAGAGGGACUGCGUGAAUGGCUGUCCUCACAGGUGGGUGUGGAACACUGCCGUCUCAGUCUGCGCUGUAGAGACCCAGGCACACAUCAGCACACACACACCCUCCCACAGGGGCAUGGUCUGGGAUGAGCAGGUCAAUAGUUUUGAGAGGGAGUUUGUUCCUUUUUUUUCUCUCAUUAUACUCUUGUUGUCAGUUAUUAAACAAACAAACAGAAAAUUGUUUUGAAGAACCUUGCAUACGCCUUUUCUAUCAAGUGCUUUAAAAUAUAGACUAAAUACACACACCCUGCCAGUUUUUCUUACAGUGACAGUAUCCUUACCUGCCAUUUAAUAUUAGCCUCGUAUUUUUCUCACGUAUAUUUACCUGUGACUUGUAUUUGUUAUUUAAACAGGAAAAAAAUUCAAAAAAAAGAAAAAUUAACUGUAGCGCUUCAUUAUACUAUUAUAUUAUUAUUAUUGUGACAUUUUGGAAUACUGUGAAGUUUUAUCUCUUGCAUAUACUUUAUACAGAAGUAUUACGCCUUAAAAAUACGAAAAUAAAUUUUACAAGGUUUCUGUUUUGUGUGGAAGAGUAAUUGAUGUUGCUAAGAAUGAUGUUUGUUUUUUGGGGUUUUUGUUGUUUUUUUUUAAAUGUUACCAGCACUUUUUUUGUAAGUUUCACUUUCCGAGGUAUUGUACAAGUUCACACUGUUUGUGAAGUUUGAAUAUGAAGGAAUAAUUAAAAAAAACAAAAAAAAUUUAAAAAUUC